AAAAACGAAAAUAACUUAGAUGACGGUGUAAAAGUAUCCGUGCGUAGGUAUCGCCGCGUUGCUCGUCGAUUUUAAACUCGGUGCCGAAAGUAUAACAACAACCACAAUAAUAAUAAUAGUAAUAAUAAUAAAUAAUCUUAAUAACGACGGUAAUAGUAAUGGUAACAAUCGCAUAAACGUACAAUUAAGAAACGUGUGGUACACCCUGUGUGUAACGGAAAGAAGUAUAAAUCGCGAGUGAAAUAAAUAAAAAAUAAUCGUCGGAGAAUGGAUAAGUGUGGUAGUAGUGGGUGGUGUGAUGUGUGAUUAGCGGGUAGAUAGAUAGUGUGUACGAUGUGGUGUCUAGCAACAGCCUAUGCUAGUGGUGUCUCCUCCUCAGACCCGUCGCGGUUUUAUCACGAGCAUCUGAUCCCUCUGCGUUGUUGCUACAACCCUCAUCGCUGUGCGUGGGGCCAUAAGCAUCUCCUUGCCAUGAGCAUCCAGAGUGACUAGUGACCGCGCGUUGUGUGAUGAUCGUUGAUCUACUCGUUCGUCGUUUCAUUCGUCGUCCUCCCGCAAUCCCUGUUGUUGAUGUUAAUGUUGUUGUUGGUUUUAUUGUGCGUUUACGGCGGUAAUAUCGCAAGGUAUAUAGAAGGAAGGAAAAGUGUUGCUAACAAGAAUUAGUUUUUGGUAUCUAUUGUUUUGUUCUCUGUGGAUAUAAGAGAAGCGAAUACCCGCUAGAUCUAGAUAUCGCCGAUAGUUGGGCUCUGGCUGUGUGGCUGGCUGGCUGGCUGGUUUGUGACGCUGGCCUCCGAUACUAGUUCCUCGUUGGUGCAGAGUGCGCGAGAUCGGGCGAGAGUUGUGUGUCGUUGUACAGUGUCGCCAAACGAUACCACAACAUCCGAUCCCAAAUGAAGAGUUCGGAGCAAAAUGGUUAGAGAGACACGACACCUGUGGGUUGGAAAUCUGCCGGAAAACAUCCGAGAGGAUCGCAUAAGAGAGCACUUCAAACGGUAUGGACGCGUACAAAGCGUCAAGCUGCUGCCACGGGGAGAAGAAUGCCCCGUCGAUGGGAGCUCCGGCGGUGAGGGGAGCGAGGGCGGGGGCGUCGGUGUCGGCGGCGUCGGCGUCGGGAGCGUCGGGUCGACGGGCACCGGGGGUGCCUCAGCGACGGUCGCGUUCAUGGACAUUAAAUCCGCUGCGAAGGCUCACGCCACCGAACACACCCUGGACGAAAGAGCCCUCACAACACAGUACUACGAGCCACAGCAUCUUCAACAUAGGUUUCCUCCCCACGGAAGUUCGGAGGAUCAUGGAACCAGCGGUGGUAGCGCUGGAGGUCCAACGGAAGUGUUCGAGCCACGUGGAUCCCACGUGGGUUUCUACACGAGCGAGAGAGGGAAUCGCGUUGGCGGCGGUGGCGGUAUGCCUGAAUCUGCCGGCGAUCCCGGAGGCUACAUUCCUCGCGGUCGACCUCCCCCAGUCAGCGGUUACCACGUGACGUCAGCCAGGGCGAGGGAUCGGCUAUAUCCGCGAACGGGCCCUUACGCAGCCGGCCCACCACCUCCACAUAUAGAACGUCAUCGCAGUAGCCUAGCACCCUCGUCCUGGUCCUCCUAUGAGUCUGCGACAUCUCGGUACACCUCGGCGCCGCCUCCACCAUCGCCGGCGACUACGGACGCCUACGAAGAGCCGAGCGGCGGUAGAACCCAGCACAAAAAACAACGGCGAAAAUCACGAAGCGGUAGCAGCUCGCCGAGCGGCUCGAGCCGAUCCGGGAGCAGCAGUAGCAGCCGGAGUGGUAGUUCCGGUGGUAGCAGUUCCGCCGGAAGCAGCUCUCCGAGCAGUUCACCUCACCGCGGCAGCAACGCCGUGACGGAAGACCGGAGACCGCUAGCGAUAUGCGUGCGAAAUCUGCCGGCAAGGAGCAGUGAUACGUCAUUGAAGGAUGGACUUUUUCACGAGUAUAAAAAACACGGUAAAGUGACGUGGGUUAAAGUGGUCGGUGCUGCCGGUGAUCGUUACGCGUUGGUAUGCUUUAAAAAACCCGAGGAUGUUGAAAAGGCGCUUGAGGUGUCGCACGACAAGCUUUUCUUUGGCUGUAAAAUCGAGGUCGGACCCUAUCAGGGUUACGACGUUGAGGACAAUGAGUUCAGGCCGUAUGAGGCUGAACUCGACGAGUAUCAUCCCAAGGCUACGCGGACAUUGUUUAUUGGAAAUUUGGAGAAGGAAGUGACGGCCUCUGAAUUGAGGAAACAUUUUGAACCAUUUGGAGAGAUAAUUGAAAUCGAUAUAAAGAAGCAGGGUGCCGUAUCGAGUUAUGCCUUCUGUCAGUACUCGGACAUCAGCAGCGUCGUCAAAGCUAUGAGGACUAUGGACGGGGAACAUCUCGGUGCGAAUCGAAUAAAACUCGGUUUCGGCAAAUCCAUGCCCACUUCCUGCGUUUGGGUAGAUGGGAUUGGAGAGUGUAUGUCGGAAAAAUAUAUAAACAUGCAGUUUCAUCAAUUUGGACCAAUAACGCAGGUGGCAGUAGACAGGGAACGCGGUCAUGCGCUAGUCUUUUUCGAGCAAAUUAGCUGCGCCCAAAACGCCGUUAAAGAGAUGAGGGGUAUCGCGCUUCGCGGACGUCGACUUCAGGUCGAUUUUGCAUCUAGAGAAUGCCAGGAGGCAUUUUACGAACAUCUGGAACGACAGGGAAUUGCCGGCGAAAGACCUUGGGACACGAGGCCUGCUGCCGCGGCAGCUUUUGAACCAACGAGAGAACGCAGCUUUGAGUCAGCAGUGACGGUUCCAAAUGCGGGUAGCAGGUUUACCCGCUACGAAACGCCACCCAGAGCACGAACGGCGAGUUACACUCGGACUCCUGGAGGCAGUAGUACGCCAGGAGCGAGUCCUGCCCAUCCAACAGCAGUCUCGCGAAGUACGCGACGCUACCAAACCGAUCCGUAUUAUGAGGGUGAUUACACGGACCCAAACCCCAGGAGGUUUCGAAGCUACGACGAAUUCAGUCAAGGCAGUGGCGCCAGUCAUGACGAUUACGAGGCCAGUUCAAUCGGUGACACAAAACUACCCGAUGAAGAUUGUCCGCCGCCGCGUCGUCAUACCGUGCAAAGUGUCGUGACAAGUGUCGAUCCACCCAUACCACCCCCGCCGUUACUCCCACCCCCGGAUAUACGGCAUCUCCAAAAGGAGCGAGUGCACCUUUUGGAACAGCUCGAGGAGUGUCACAGCAGUGGUGACGAGAGUUUCACGCCUAAGAAGCGAAUGAAGCUUGACAACGCUGUGAUGUGCGAGGACGACGAACCUGAGCUGGCCUGUCUUUUGGUCACUUCUCAUUCCGGCAGAAAAGGAUUGGACGUGAGAAGAGUCAGCGAGAGCAAAACCCUCAUACACCAUGGGACGCGUCGGGGUAGCUGCGAGGGAAGGGGACCGGGGCCUUGCAAGCGGCGAAGGGAUACCGGGAGACAUCAUGAGCAUCAUGACGGUUCGAGACCAGGAACGCCACUGGUGGACGAGAGACCGGAAAACUUGGUUCCCUGCGAGCCGCGGACGUAUCGAGAACGAACUCACGAUAGGCCAAUGUCACUACCUCUGCCUAGGUUUGCUGCCGAACUCAUGAACAACAACAAUAACAGCAGCAGUCGUGCGUCUACGGUGCCACCUGCAAAGGUGGCUAGUCCUCCCGCACUUCUACCGUCAACUAGUCCCAGAGCACCACCUCAGCCACCAGCGUCUCCACCUCCGAGGUAUCUGAGCUCGAGUCCUACGAGUUCGGAUAGCGAGACAGCGCCGCAAUCCCCCAGCCUGGAAGAGAGAAUUCGUUCGCUCGAUGAAAAGUACGAAAAGUGGUCUGGAUCCAGGGCAUUGAGUGCCGCCGGUGGCGACGCGCUCGCCAAACUUGACACCACGUUGGAGAGGUUCAGGUUUCGUCAUAAACUACUUGACCUUGAACUACACGAAGUACAGCCAUCUGACAUUGUGAAGUCUGUGCUCGCGAAGAGAAGCGUAUUCGACGAGGACUCGAAAAGACUAGAGAACUUUAACGAAAAGUAUGAACCGAGAGAGUUCACUGGUGUUAGCGGUGUUGGUUCGAUGAUGGGUGGAGGAAGCUUGAUCGGAAAUGCGGGGAAAGUUGGUCUCCAGUACCCCUUUCCGAGUCAUCCACCUGUUCAACCUACAACCACGGUGACGACCCUCGUCAGCACUACCUCGUCCACGUUAACGGUGUCUCCAUCCCAAAAGACUGAUUCAAGAACAGCCAUUCAUAAUUGUGUGCAUCCCCCAACCCCCACAACCCCAAUUACCCCUAGUGUAACCGUAAAAACAGUAAGCCCCGAACUACCGCCAGUUUCCGUGACAGUGGGUGUAACUAGUGUAAGCGCAGUAAACAGUAACAGCAGUGUAUCUGUGAGUAGUCUUAGCAGCAACAGUAGUAUAAUUAGCGUAGUAAUCACACCUAGCAUCGCAGCAGCCCGAACUGGAAACUCAAGUUUAUGCACGAGUCCGGCGGUUGUUACCUUGGUCACGGCCACGACGACCUGUCAAAUUUCGUCGACUGUAAGCAGUCAGGCGGAAACGCCGCGAGCCCGAUUACGGAAAGACGGUGGAAACUGUCGAGAUAGUCGUGACUCCAGAGACAGCAGAGAUAGUCGAGACAGUAAGGACAGCCGGGACAGUAGAGAUUCCAGGCAUAGUAAGAGCAAGGAAACGUCAAGAAGAUCUCGUAAAGAUGCGGCUAGUGCGGAGAGAAGAAGGGAGAAGGACGAGAAAGAAGACAGAUUGCAUUCUUCCAGCAAUAAUGAAACUGAACAACAGGACAACCAUGGUAAAGACGUCAAAGAGAACAAAGAAAACAAACAUGAUCGGAGAGAUCGCGAUGAUAAGGAUAGGAAGGAAAGGGAGGAGCGUGAAAAACAACAAGAGAAAAAGGAUAAGGAAGACAGAGAAAGCCAAGAGCGUAAAGAACGAGAGGAGCGAGAAAAACGGGAAAGAGAAGAGGAGAGGUGGGAAAAGGAGCGGCAAGAGAGGUGUGACCGAGAAGAAAAAGAGAGGAGAGAUAGAGAGAAUAAGGAAAAAGAAGAAAGUGAACGGAAAGAAAGGGAGGAAAAAGAAACAAAGGAACGAGAGAGAAAAGAGAGAGAAGAAAAAGAAAGGCGGGAGAAAGAAGAACGAAAAGAGCGGGAAGAUAAAGAAAGACGAGAAAAGGAAAGGUUAGAUAAGGAGAGGCGGGAACGUGAAGAAAAAGACAGGCAGGAGCGGGAGCGAAAAGAAAAUGAACGACUGGAAAGGGAUAAACAGGACAAGGAACGCCUUAGAAAGGAAAAAGAAGAACAAGAAAAACGAGAAAAAGAGGAACGAGAACGAUUGGAGAAAGAUCGGAAACGAGAACGUGAAGAAAAAGAGCGAUUAGAAAAGGAAAGGAGGCGGGAUCGAGAGGAAAAAGAAAGACGAGAGAGGGACGAGAAGGAAAGGCUAGAACGAGAGCGACGAAAGGAGAAGGAAGAAAGAGAACGACUUGACAAGGAAAGGCGUGAAAAGGAAGAGAAAGAGAAGCUCGAUAAGGAAAAACAUGAAAGAGAAAAGCGUAAGGAACGCGAGGAGAGAGAAAGGCGUGAGAAAGAAGAUCAGGAAAGGCGGGAGAAAGAAAAAAUGGAUAGAGAAAAACGCCGGGAACGAGAAGAUAAAGAAAAACGGGAACGGGAAGAUAGAAGGCAGGUAACUGAAAAUCAUUACAUGCCAUCGCAAUUACAACCAUCGCCGGCUCCAGUUAAUACGAAAAGGCGCGGAUCUUCGCAAGAUGGUCCUGAAGAUGAAUCCAAACGAAUGAGGAUAUCAGAGCAUAGACGAGAUAGUAAGGACAGGCCACGACAAAAUCGAAAAUCUGAAGACAGGAAGCAUCGGAACGAGCAUAGAAUAAGUAGAGAAAGCAGAGAAGGUCGCGAAAAUCGAGAGCCAACCAUCCAACCAGAUAUGAGAGACAUCAGAGAUUCGAGGGAAAGUAGAGAUAAUCGAGAAAACCGGGAGAAUCGAGAUAAUAGAGAUAAUAGAGAUAAUAGAGAUAAUAGAGAUAAUAGAGAAAAUAGAGAAAAUAGAGAAAAUAAAGAUAACAGAGAUAAUAGAGAUAAUAGAGAUAAUAGAGAUAAUAGAGAUAAUAGAGAUAACAGAGAUAACAGAGAUAACAGAGAUAACAGAGAUAACAGAGAUAACAGAGAUAUUAGAGAUAUUAGAGAUAAUAGAGAUAUCAGAGAAAACAGAGACAAUAGAGAUAGUCAAACACGCGAUUCGUCUCAUUGUGAAUUAUCGAAAGACCAGAACCGUGAGUCUCGCGAAAGUCGUGAUGGAAAGGACAAACAACGUAAAAAGAGUCGUUCUGAACGUAGUGAAAAGGAGAUCAGAGAGAGGAGUCCUCGAGUCUCACAUGAACCUGAUAAAGAAUUUUUGAACCGAUUAGAACUAUCAAGGCGAAGUGAAUCAAAUGAUCAACCGGUCGCUCAUCAUGGAAGAGACAGCCAAUCUAUGUUGGCGAUGCACAGUGACGUUGACAAUGGCAUUCUUUCGACACCAGAAAUGCAAAGAAUGAGACAUACUUCUGCUACUGACACAGACAGUGACGAACCUAAGAAACAUUCAAUAUUCGAUAUAAUUGAUGAUGAACCAGCUUACAUCAGUAUGUAUGAUAAAGUCAAGGCACGCUCUACAAAGAACAUGCAAAAAUUAGAAGAAGAAAAACGGCAGGUGCGUCUCAAAGAUAAAUUCUCACAAUUAAAACAGAGCCGAGCGAGGCGUGAGGAAAAGAAACAAAGUACGUCUUGGGAUGGUGACUCUGCGAGUAGUAAAGCUAUGACUGAAGAUGAUGGCACCUCAGAAUCAGAUUCAGCUCGGGCAAAAUCAUUGUCCAGAAAGGGGUCACGAUCCCGUAUUCACUCGGAUACCAGCGAGGAAGAGGAAUCCUUGACCAAAGUACACAAAGUGAAAACCGAACGCUUUUCCGAAAGUGAUGUAGACCUCGGUUUUGCUGACACUGAGGAAAAGCACAAUCCGCUCAAGUCUUCUGUUCUUCUCAAUAGCAGUACCAUCAAAGAUGAGCCGAGAACGUCAGAUGAAGAAGAAAGAGUUCCUGUACCAUUUCACAUGAAUCAUCCAGUUAAUAAUCAUGAGAGAGAAUCACGGAAAAAAUCACAUAAGAAGAAACAAAAACGGCAGAAAAAUUCUAUCUCUAGUGAAGAAGGGUCUAAAAUGGACGCAUCUGAGAAUAUAAAUCACAAAAGUAAAUCAAACCCUGUAACAACAGACAUUAUCAUUAAGACGGAACCCACAGUUGAAAACUCUGAAGAUAGAAUGCAUGCUGAAAAGAAACAACGUAAUAAAAAAGAAAAGCGUAGAGAACGCAAUGGUGAAGAUAAAGCUAAGGCUAGACGAAAAAGACUCAACAGGCAAGAAGCUAGAGAUACACAAAGAAUGGAGGAUAUAUUUGGCCCUCUAUCGGAGGAGGAUGAUCUUCCCAAUCGGUUUUUCAACAGGCUCAAUAAUCUUCCAGUUCAAAAUACCUAUGGUUCCGACAGUGAUGGUGUACACAGUCCAGUUUUAGAAGUAGAGCGAGAAAAAAGAAAAAAAGAGAAGAAACGACGGCACCAAACAGAAGAUGAAAAUAGCGUUGAUCUGGCUGAAGCAGGAAGAGAAAUUGAAGCUAAACUGCUGGGUCUGCCGAAUUCGCCCAAGCCAUCUGUUGGAGAACACCACGAUCAUGAUGUAUUUAGAUUCACAGAUGACAAUGAUAGUAUUGAACCAUCUACUCCAACCACAGUCUUAGAAAAAGUUAAAGAAAAGAAAAAGAAACGGAAGAAGUCCAAAGAAGAGCGUGGUCGAAAGGAAUAUCAUCACCAUCAUCAUCACGAUAAAACUGGAACCUUGCCACACCUUGGUGCGGAUCCGAGCCCACCUCGAGCCAGUAGUCCAUUGAUAGCAAAAAUGGUAUCACCAACAUCGUCAGCAUCUAGGGAAACACUCUUGAGCCCUAUACCUAAAGUCCCGUCAAGCGUGUCUGCCAUCAAACCUCCAACGCCACUACCUGCACAUACGAAUAAACCGGAAAAGAAAAAAGACAAAUUGAUACCAGGUUUCGGUACUGAUAUCGAUGAGACAAUCCAUGAAAAUGCAGUUAAAAGUAUAUCUGAACCUGAAGAAAAAGAGAAUGGAAAACAAUCGUGUGGCAGAGAUGACUCUGAGACUGUGAUUCCAUCACCACCACCGCCGCAAGUCGAGGACAAGCCCCGUGUGGUUAUUUCUCAAGAGGAAACCGAAGACGCGGUGGCUGCUCUGCUUGAAGAAACAUUUGGUGGUUCGACGGAAGAUUUCUCAUACGAAGGUGAAGAAGAAGCUGAAGCUGAUAAUACUAACGAACCAGCUACAGAUGCCCCCCAGGAAGAUGUUGAAGAGAUGCAGCAAGCUGUUGAGAGUUUGAAUGCAUCAACCGAAGCAGAAACGGACUUGAAACCAGAUACACCUCAAAGUGAACAUGACUUGCAAAUUGAUACAGAUACAGAGGAAGAUCACAGUUAUGAAUCAUUUGAUCUAUCACAACCACCAAAGACUCCUGAUAUACCCUCAUUUUAUAAAUCUCCUGCAAAAACAGAACUCGCAGAAAAGCCAAUGGACAAUCAUUUGAACACACCUGCCAAGGCCUCAAGCCCCUCAGCAUGUGUUGUACCACACUCAUGGAACUUGAGUGAUCACAAACCUCGGAUUGUAAAGCCUGUGGUUGAAGCAGAACCUGCCAAAGAAGCUCCACUUCGGACGUCAACACCUCCUUCUCAAUACAAACCACCAUUGCCUAGUCCAACAAGUCUUCCGAUGUUACCUGACACGUUGAGAUUACCAGCUAACAGUCCUCGGCCUUUCACCACUCAGUCUUCUCAUCAAAGACUGCCAGUGUCACCUCAAUCUCAGCUAGGUCCAUUGCGACAAUCUUGUCCAAGGACACAGAAUUCUGCUUUAACACCUGGUCUUACGCCUCUACCGCCGUUGGUACCUUCAAGAAUUCCUCCUUUGGUGCCAGCUCAGCUUUCUCCAAGAGUCCCACAGCAGAUAUCUCUCAAUGGUCAAUGGUGUCGUCCUUCAAUGCCAUAUAUACAAAAUAUUAACAAGUCGUCACCGCCUCCUCCCCCACCUCCUCUACCACCACCACCACUGCCUCCACCACCAGCAAGAUUACCCGUUAGUGUGCCAAUUGCAGCUCAUCGACCGGAUACGCCUGCUCAGCAAAUAUACUCAACAGCUGCUAGCCAACAACCAGUUAUACAACAUACACCUGGUGCCAGGGCCUUGGUACCAAGUCACCCUCGUGGCGGAUUACCUCCGCUUACUUUGAAUAUACCACCUCGACCUUAUAUGCCAAUUCCAUCUCUUGCAUCAAGUUCAAUAAAAAAUCCAAGGGAUGCUGAGUCUAUGAAUAAAUCCGUCAUUGAGACUCUGUUACCAGUUAAUCCAAACGCACCUCAACGUAUGGUAGAACCUAAAUUAUCGCCAGCUGUAAUACCAGAACCUCCAAGUAAAGCUUCUACCUCGCCAAAAGUUCCAUCACCUAAUCAGCCACCAACUUAUAUACCAGAAACAGCGAAAAUUGAGAUUAAUGCUAGUACUUCUAGUCCUGGGUUUGGAAAACCUAUUGGCACUGAAGACUGUUUACUCUCGCCCAAGCCGCAUAAACCAACUGUAAUCACCGACAACACUAUGUUGUCGCCAAGACAGAAGCAGGAACCACCAACCAUGCAAUUACUGACAACCCAUAUACCACGAACAUCUACACCGAGUCCAGUUAUUGUCGCCCAUAGUCAGCAACAUGUCUCUCCCAAAUCUAUGCUCAAUAUAGGACAACCAAUAGUCUCUGUAAACCAGUCUAUGGCAAAAACCGUUGUACCAGUAAUUUCGCAAGCACCUCCAAAAUCUCAAACUCCUACGGCGAUACCAAAGUGUGCAUUAAUAAUGACCCAAUCAACUAUCCAGCAGCAGACUGUGAAUAAUCAAAGACCACCUAUUUCUCAAGGGCUAUUGCAUACUAAACCUCAUAUGCCGGUUGUUUCGAGUUCUCAGCAAACUGUUGUAACACAUGUGACAACAUCAAUCAUAUCAUCAAAUACCAUGACGGUGCAAACAUCGCCAAAACAGCCAACAGUUUUCUCCCCAAGCCAGCCGCAAGCCAGCUCCGAAGUUCAGGGAGCACAGUUUGGUCAGAAUACGCAUUCCAUCCAACCCAUGCAACUUACACCACCUAUACAACCUGCGCAGCCAUUACAAAUUAAGGAGGAGGAUACAACUUGUGAUGUCCGGAAACCUAACACUAUAGAAACUGGAAAAUUAAUGGAACAAAUGUCAAAUGAACUUGACAUGAAGCUGAAACAAGAGAAACAAGAAUUAGGCAACUUGUCAUCACAAAUAGAAAAGGUCAACUUGACCAAUUGCAUAUCCGAAAAUAAAGAUAUUCUGGUACCGAAGAUUGAGCCGAAACUAUUGGAAAAAUCUGAAAUCAAAGAAGAAAUAAAGGAAGAAGUCGUCAUAAAAGAAGAAAAAGUAGAUGAUAUGGAAUUAGAAGACGAAUCGGUAGACCCAUUGAGAGAACCAAGCAGUGAUCCCUUAGCACUAGAUCCAACGAAAGAAGAUCCAACGGAUAGUAAAGAAGAUAGUGACUAUUGGUCUGCUAAGGAAGUAAACAUUGAGAGUGUGAUUAAAAAAGUUGAUGCUUUAUGUGAUGGAGAAGCGAAUGAUGCAGAAGAAGAGACACAACACAGUCAAGAAUUGAAUAGCGAUUCUCAUGAUACAAUCAAGAAUGAAACUGAUUGGUUCGAUUCUGAGCAGGCUGAAAUUGAAGAGAAAAAAGACAUGGCACACGACGAACAGGACGAAGGUGUAGAAACUUGUGAAACAGAAUUGACAAAAGGAAGACGACUUAGAUCUAAGGUUCGUCGAGGAGGCAGUGGCCGUGGGGGUGUUACUACAAGACGUGGAGGUAGGACUUCAACUAAUGUACCUCAACGACGUGGUGGUAAAUCAUCCAGAGGAGGUAAGCAUCAUACUGAGAAGAAAUUACCAGCAGAUGUUUAUGAAUUCCACGAUGACAGUGAGGAAGACAAUGCUGGUCGCCCACGUUUAAUACUAACUAUUAAAUCACCAGGACCUAAUUCUACAGGACCUAAUGCACAACCCGCAACACCAGUUGCUGCUGUCAAAGAAGUACCACCUGAGGAAUUUAUUUCACCCGCAGCAAAUACGCGCAAGUCGAGACGGCUGGCUGAGAAAGAUGGUAGUCGCAGUACAGUGGAUGAUGUUAUUGACGAAGUUAUCCGUGGCUCUGCUGUAAACAGAUCUAUUGUUGCAGGUGUUCAUGCAACUAGACGUAGUACUAGACACAACAAUGUUCCACGAGGUGCUCAACAAUUACAACCGCAGCCAACCGCAACCGAGUCCCGUAAAUCACCUAGAGCAACUCGCAAGGCUACUGCUCGCAGAGCUUCGGAAAAUAAUGAUGAUAGCAGCGAAGAAAAGAGUAAGGAAGUGCAAACACCGCAGGAUGUUCCGAUCAAACAGGAGACUCCUAUCAACGAAGAAAGUUCAAAAACUGUUACAGUUCCGAGAGAAGUAUCCUUGCAGAAUCCAAAAUCUGCCCCACUGGAACCAAUGACACUAAUUGAUCCAGUGACAGGAGUGCUAACUCCAAUGCGAGAAUCUGAAGAAGGGCAAUACAUACCAGUGUCAACUGCAGGUGGAAUUGCGCAAAAUGCUCGGGUUACAUCAGAAUCACAAGUUCCAGUCGUUGUGAGCUCUCCGAGUAUACAGCAGGAGGCUAAGUCUCAUACUAUUUCAUCAAAUUCAGCUCCAGCAACAGCAAAAUUGAAAUCGGAAGUUAAUAUACCACCUGCCAUUGCAGAACCACCAACUUGUCAGCCGCAAUCGCAACCACAUGUGCAGACGAAGCCUCAGCCAACUGUAAUAGCUACACCACAAUCUCCUGUUGUGCAAACACCAAUAUCAGUAGCAAAACCUAAAGCACCUGCGUCACCCAACAUGGUUGUGAGUCAGUCACCGACCAUGACUACGAGUCAGAUCAAAACACCUACCAGCCUUAAAGCUCACGUUUUGAACGCUAGCAAGCAUGUGAAUUCAAUUCCGCAACCGAUUAUCACUAAACCAGCAAUGCCCAACCUGACUAGCCAAACUAUUGUUCAAAACGUUGUAAAGCAACCUGCGCAAGCGGUACCAGGUCUACAUUUGCAAAUACCCGGAGGAAAAAUUCCUUCCGCAAGUCUCAGUCCAUGUUUGAAGGUGCAUCAAAGUAAUGGAGCUAAUAUAAAACAAGGACAGCCAAUGUCCCCUGUGCUAAACUGCACCGCUCCACCUAAUCCCAAACAGCAUUUGCUACAAGCCGUUAAACAACAGUCUCCGACUAUCGUUAAUCUUCCGCAAAAGUUGCCAGUUAGCGUGCAUCCUAGUAAUGUUGUAACAGUUACAACGCAAAGAGUUCAUCAACCACCGGCACAGCCUGCUACGUUAAAAUCCAUCGGAGGACAACAACACCCAUUGAAUCCAAAAGCACACUUGCUCCAAGCUGUGGGUCCUCCAAUAAUGACUGGAUCAGUAGCUAGCCCUCCGACACAGCCCCAUCUCAUCGGUUUACAGCCGGUUGUAACUGGUGCAAGCUCUUCAAGAUCUGCAAUACCAAAAUCUCAGAUUUCUGCAGCAAUGGAACCACCAAAAGUGGAAGUAUCCAUAGGUGGCUGUAUAAUGGUCCCAACAGCAAGCUCACAAAGUCGCGGAGUGCCGAUCCCAAACUACGAAGCCUCAUUGCAUGGCGCGGGUACCACUCCGUCCCCAGGGAGUCAAUAUGGGCUAGGCCCACUUCGUCGCUCCCAGAGCCCUCCAUUGCCCCCACCUGCCCAUCAUCAUGCUAAUACUCCUCAGGGCGAAGUCGUCAACCACUACGGAGGAAUAACUCGCGGUGAUCUUCAGGCUCACUAUAUGCACCCACAAGUGUUGCAAUAUCAAUAUCUCCGUGCCCAACAAGAAGCACUAACGACUCCCCGCAUUGCCGCGUAUCAUGGACCAGGAACCAGAUCGCCUCACCUACCAUUGGAUCCAAAACUUGAGGCAGGCGGAGAAGAGAGCCACAGUCCACCUUUGGAAUUGAGACGAGCAACAAGAACUCCUCAAGAUCGAGCAACAGAUAGUCCUCAAGUGGCUCAAGUCUACAUGUUACACAGUACGGCUCGUCUGCCUCCACAAUAUAGUGUUGGUAAUGCAUCGAUGGGUGCUGUAGGCACAGGUGCAAGAGCAGCAUACUAUGAACCACCACCUGCACAUAUAAGAUCGCCAUACCCGUUAGCAGCGAGCGAAGCUCCGACGGACAGAGCCAUUACUCCAGAACGCCCCAGGAGAUUGCAGGUUUCUACGCCACCUCAUGCGUCUCAAGUUCCACCACCUGCGGAUUCGUUAUUGAUGUUACUUCAACGGUACCCUGUCAUGUGGCAAGGACUGCUUGCACUUAAGAACGACCAAGCGGCUGUACAAAUGCAUUUUGUCUUUGGAAAUCCCAACGUAGCCCGAGACAGUUUACCAUGUAAUAGCGACGGAUCUACGCCCCCGCUCAGAAUAGCUCAGAGAAUGAGAUUGGAGCAAACACAGGUGGAUGGAGUUGCUAGGAAAAUGCAGACUGACAAUGAACACUGUAUGUUGUUGGCGCUUCCAUGUGGGCGAGACCAUAUGGACGUUCUUCAGCAGAGUAAAAAUCUUCAAACCGGAUUUAUAACCUACCUUCAACAGAAACAAGCUGCAGGAAUUGUUAACAUAGCUGCACCAGGCUCACAACAGGCUGCCUAUGUGGUGCACAUAUUCCCAUCAUGCGAUUUUGCUAAUGACAGUCUAGCUCGCAUUGCACCAGACUUGUUAUCCCGAGUUGCGGAAAUUGCCCACCUAUUGAUCGUUAUUGCAACAGUUUGAGACUGGUUGGCUUUAGCUGCAACUACUUCCUUCCUUGGUCGGAUGUUUCGACGAUGGCAUGAAGCCUUGGAACAUCCUGUAAUACCUAUUGGGUCAUAUGGACAUUGGAUGAAAAUGAUUCAGUCGCACCCUUGACAAUCAGAUGCAGAACUGGCUAAGUGUCAGAUCUACGUAAGAUUGUAGGCUUAGAGGGGGGUGGGGUUAUAGGAGAGGCUAGCACGGUUUUGAAACUGUGCGUUCCUCCCCUUUGGCAUUGUGGACUAAGCUUUAAUCGGCUCGUUUGCUAUUUACUGACAGUUUGUGGGGGCGACCGACGUCACUCUUGGUCUCCCCGACAAGUGAGUUAGACGCUCCUCUUCCCUCCACAGAGUCUUCUACCGCCCUGAUGUGAACACUUACUAUACUCACUUCUCCAGACAAAGUAAUGUACCCCUAACUAUAUGGGUAGUACACAGCUAACUAAUAAAAUAAUCUACCUAUACACAAGCUACUUUGUAAGCUUAGACAUAAGCAUUGUAAAUUAAGUGAGCCAGCGAGGGCAUAACUACUGUGAUUUUAAUUAUUUAACGAUAUCUGGAUAAAAUAUAAAGGCCCUUCUCGGUCCGCAAUAUGUGAUGUGUUUUUGUAUAAUAUUGCUCUAUAUAAAUACCUAUGUAUUAUACUAUAAUGAUAAUGAUGAUGAUAAUUGCUGCUGUUGCUGCUGUUGCUGCUGCUACUGCUGCUACUGUCGAAGUAGAGGGAAAAAACUAAGUUAGAUUUAAAGAGAAAAGUAAGAUCUACCUAUGUAGAAUUAUCCCUAGUGUAUGAUAUUCCCCCAACAUGAUGUAACAUAUUAUUAUGCUUAGCGUUAUGUACAUUAUAAAAAUUUGUAAUAUUAAUUAUUAUUAUUAAAAUUAUUAAAAUUUAUUAUUAUUAUUAUUAUAAAUAUAUAAAAUUAAUAUACGGGCUAGUUAGAUUGUACCAUGCCGCAAACUAAGGGGCUUAAAGAAUAUCAUACCACUGUUGAGUAUGAUUGAUCUCAUUCAUCAUUGACGCUGCCCCAUGUGCACCCUUUCCCACACCUACCACCCUGCAAUGCUCAAGUGCGAACUCAUCAAAUGUUGCGUCAUAGAGUCUUUAGGAUUUGUGUCCAAGAUGAUAAUGCGCUUACAUAUGUAUAGACCAUAACUUACACUAUGUUAUAUUACACAAGGCCCUAAAAAUAAAACUACAAUAAGUAACUAUCUAUUUACUAUAAUACGCUGCUGUGCAUAGAGCGUACGCCGUUAGGGUUAAAAAAAAAUGUAAAAACUACAGGGGUGGACGGGAAACAUGAUUAUAGAUCAAUUAAAAGAGUAUGCAAAAACAUUUAAGUAUCUUUAUAUCGUUUGUCACUUCCAAAUUUCAAUCAAUGGCAACAGAGAAUAGUCAUGUACAUGACAUUAUUUUGUUCUUACGAUUCGAGUGCAGAGUUUUCGAACAUACACACGGUUUUAAAUAUUUUUGCGUUUACUUCGUGAAUCUACCAGCCAGUGUUACAGCUUAUCAACUUCACCUCAUAUACACAUGACUGCGCAAAUUGUUAAAUCAUGGUGAAAUGGUCCAAGUGUUAUUAUCGAGUUUAAUGUUGUGGUAAUAUAUAUAUAUAUAUAUUAUCAUUUAUCUCAGCUCAUUUAAAACAACUUAAAAUAGUACAGUGUAAUUGGAACAUGUUGUACUAAGCGAUAAAAAUUGAUGGGCAACAGUACGGUAUAUUGCAUUCCGAGUAACUGAACUAAAUGCUGUACAUAUUUUUAGCUGAAGUAUCAUAGAUAAAUGAAUGAUCAAGAAAU